GAAAAUGAAGAUGAAUUUGGAGACAAGAAACUGAGAUUCGAACCAGAUGGGGGAGACACAGGAAGAGUGGCAGAUCUUGCUGCAAAUCCAGAUGAUAGUACAAAACUUGACAUUCACUCCUGGCUCAGAGCUCACGAACGGAGCUACAUUGACAAGACCAAGGUUUCCCCAGGAGGGGAUGCCUACUCCAGGAACAAGUUCAACCAGGUGGAAAGUGACAAGCUGAAAUGCACCAGGGACAUUCCUGACACCAGAAACCAGCUAUGUAAAACUCAUACAUGGAAGGAGGAUCUGUUGCCCACCAGCGUUAUCAUCACAUUCCACAACGAGGCUCGCUCCACCUUAUUACGUACAAUCACCAGUGUGUUGCUAAGAAGUCCCCCCCAUCUGAUCCAGGAGAUUAUAUUGGUGGAUGACUACAGUGAUAAACCCGAUGAUGGACUGGAGCUGGCGCAGAUUCAGAAGGUCAAAAUCCUGCGCAAUGAGAGAAGAGAAGGCUUGAUGCGCUCCAGAGUAAAAGGUGCUGAUGCUGCCACAGCGCCCAUCCUGACCUUCCUGGACAGCCACUGUGAGUGCAACCAACACUGGCUGGAACCCAUGCUGGAGAGGGUCAUGGAGGACCGUACCAGGGUUGUAUGUCCCAUCAUUGAUGUUAUCAACAUGGACAACUUCCAGUAUGUAGGGGCAUCUGCUGACCUUCGGGGAGGUUUUGACUGGAACUUGGUCUUUAAAUGGGAUUAUAUGACAGCCAAUCAAAGGAAUGCAAGGAGGUCAGAUCCAAUUGCACCAAUAAGAACACCCAUGAUAGCUGGAGGCUUAUUCAUGAUUGACAAAUCGUGGUUUGAUGAGCUUGGAAAGUACGAUAUGAUGAUGGAUGUGUGGGGAGGCGAGAACCUUGAAAUUUCCUUCCGCGUGUGGCAGUGCCAAGGUAGUUUAGAGAUCAUCCCCUGUAGCCGAGUGGGGCACGUUUUCCGCAAACAACACCCUUACACCUUCCCAGGGGGCAGUGGAAAUGUCUUUACAAGGAACACCCGGAGAGCAGCAGAGGUGUGGAUGGAUGAGUACAAAGAGUACUACUACGCUGCUGUGCCAUCAGCAAGAAAUGUUCCUUUUGGAAACAUCCAGAGCAGGCUGGAACUGCGUAAGAAGUUAAGCUGCAAGCCAUUUGCUUGGUACCUUGAGCAUGUGUACCCAGAACUAAGGAUCCCAGACAAGAAGGAUGUGGCAUUUGGUGCCCUGCAGCAGGGAACUCUGUGCAUGGACACACUGGGCCACUUCGCUGAUGGCACCGUGGGUGUGUACGAGUGCCAUGGGAGUGGAGGAAACCAGGAGUGGGCCCUAACCAAGGACAAGUCUAUUCGCCAUUCAGACCUGUGUCUGACAGUGGUGAACCAGAAUCCAGGGGAACUGCUCAAACUUCAUGGCUGUCAGGAAAAGAACACAAAACAGAAAUGGGAAAAGCUGGAUAACAAUAGACUGCAGUUCAUGGGCAGCAGUCUGUGUAUUGACAGCAAGGUACACAAGGAGAAGGGCCUUACUCUGGAAACCUGCGACUCUAGCUCACUCUCUCAAGUCUGGAAAUUCACCCUCAACAACCUGAAACACUAGUAGUAAGUGAUGUUAUAGCCACCUACCCCAUAGCUUAUAUAUCUGCAGUAUGAGGUUGUUUAUUUAAAAGAUGAUACUAAUUGUAGUGUACAAGUUAAUGUCUCAUUUUCCGAGAGGCAUGGCCAAACCCCCUGUGUUGACUAUAAUAUAGCUAUCCAAGACGUAGAAUUCUAAUUAUGACUCUAGCAAUAUUCCAGAACUGUAAACUGGAAUUGUGCUGCCGUGAUUAGGGAAAGCAAACCCAGACAGUAGGAAAUGUAUCCAUUAUUAUGGUAGUGUUUUAGAGUGGUGCAUAGGAGGCAGAAGUGAAAUGAAGUUUAAUAUGAAAGACUGUCGCCAUACAAAAAGAUCCAAGACAAGUUCUAAGCUCUAGAACUUAUAGUAAAACUUAGGAAUGUUUGCAGUACCACAAUUAUCUUUAGUGUAUGCUCCAUCCAGAAGAGGAAGAAGAUAGAUUUGAAUGCUUAAUUUUGGAGUUGAGAAAGUAAAUGAAAAAAAAAUACAAUGCACUUAAAAGUAUUACUUAAUUUGUCAACGAGAAAUGAAUGAUUUGCUGCAUUUCCAUCAUUUAUUGAAGCCAGAAGUAUAUAAUGGCCCCAAAAAUCAUAUCACCUGAUUUUUAUCUUCUUGAAAGGGGAAAGUGACAGAAUUUUAAUUAUCCAACUUACAUUAGAUUUGGAAGAUGUAAUCUCCUCUCUGUCUUGUUCAUUCAUCCUGCUUUAUGUCAUAGAAUUUGAAACUUGUGUGUAGGUAUGGACGGCCAGAUAGCAAUAGGCCAUCUACAACUAUCAAUAAGAGUGUGAAAUUUUAACUUUUGAAAAGUUUUAUUCAAUAGGCAGGUGCCCGUUACAUAUUCCAUGUCACCAAUGUGGACUAUUCCAUUUAAAAAGGGUGAAUCCCCUCCCUAUGAAAGGGAAGCUUGUACAGAAUCUUUUAAUGGAAAAGUUUUAAAAGCAAUCUAUAUAUAUAUAAGAUAAUCAUGAAGAAAGGAAAAUUCACAGGCUCUGGAAAAGUAAGGUCCAUGUCAUGCUUUUUACUUGGAAUAGUUCAAUUCUUGAGACAUCAGCUUUUAAAAUAAUUAAAAGGUGGGUAGUUUGUUUGAUUGCUAUCUCACGAAAGCAGAGCUGUAACUGUAAGAUGUAUUUAUAUGCAAUGUUGGGGCAUUUUUAGAUUGUUCCAAUGAGACACUUUAUGAUGAAUGAAUUAGAACAGGUGGACAAGCAAUAUAAGUGUCAUUUUUAAAAGAUGAUAGAUGACAUUAAAAAGUUCAGUAAGUAUAAUAGGAUCUCUGUGUCCUGUGUAUGUACAUGUCUUUGUAGAUGUCUACUUUUUACCAAUACCAUGUACCAAUAUGAUGUUUUAAAUAAAUGCUACAUGUAAGCAGCUUUAAGAAUAAUAGCUUCCCAUCAGGGUUGAUCUAAGGUGAUGGUCUGUAAUAUUACACUUAGAGGGAGUGUUAUCUAACCCAUUUACCAACUCUACAUAGUUUCACAGACUCUUCUACGCAGUGAAAAUGUCAAUGUUCAAGAGGAUGCACUUUUUGCCUGUACAUUUUGGGGGCACACCUUUUGCAACAAACAUGAUCAAAUGGCUUGAUAUGCUGUGUAAUACAUGCACAUCAAAGUACUUUGUACCUGGUGCUGAUACUGUCAUCAUAACUUAAUAUGGAACCUCAAGCUAGAAAAUUUCUGACUUCAGAACAAUUGUGUAUACAUAAACCCACUAUAGACAUCAGGUGUUGAAAAACAUGCUAUACAUACAUGUACGUACAUUGUACCUUCAGGUUUCAUCAGCAAUGUGAAACAAGAACAUCACUGGAUUAUUUAACAUAAAGCUGACUUCAAGUUGUUUCCUACUGUCUAUGAUUUACUUGAUUUGGCUGUAUAGAGAAGUAAUUACCCAGACUACACAAUCAAAUCAAAGUAAUAGUACUGCUAUUUUAAGUUAUUUUCAAGCACUAUGUGAGUACUUUCAGGUGUAUGUAGUACAUUUGCACUUUGACAACAUAACUUGUACUUAACAUCUGUUGGGGUUGUAGUGCUCUGAAGCAGUGCUUUUGGAUAACUGUCAAACUUGCAAUGAAACCCUUUCUUUUGCCUUUAACCUCUGUAGUCUUGAUUAAGGAGUAUCCUUGGCUUUAAAAAAAAACCUACUUUAGCUUUUAUUUACUUGAGCCCCAGUCAGAUUUGGUCCAGUAUUUGUGUCCAUCAGUUUAAUAAUAUUGAAAGUAUUUUACACACCAACAGCACAUACAUGUACUAGUGUGUAACAUUAUUUGGGACACGAUCAUACAUGUACCUUGCCAUAAUUUACAGGACUUGGAUAACAGCAUGACAAGACCACAUACAAUAAAACAGACUGAUUAUUUUAGAUUCAUAUGAAAUGAUUCGCUGCUGUAUUUAUGUGUAAAUACUGAACGGCAUUUGGAGCAGCAUUAAUAACAGGAUCCAGUGCAAUGUGCAAUUAUCCCUUUCUGUAUGAUUGUAUGAAAUGCUUAUUGAAUUAAAAUAUCUCCUGAAGGUG